UUGAUUUCGAAGGAUGCAAAAAAUCGCGGCCGUUGUUCUCAGCUGUGGAUAAAAAUUGUGGUGCGUGAAAGGAAAGUUGCUUCCAUGGAAACUGUUUAUACCAAAGCACUACAACUACUGAAGGAGCUGUGUUUGCGUACGGUCUGGCGAAAGAAGGAAUUUGUUGCUUUUCGUGGUCGACAUUCGCCGACGCUUCGGUUAGCGGGUGGCAAACUUCAAUAGAAACGAAACGGAAGUCUGGGAAAAUUGUGUAAAAGCGUGCGGUGAAAUGUGAUGACGAUGUGAUAAUUAUACGGUUGGUGGUCCACGGAUACCGAAGAGCGGAUUAUUCUAGCCUGCGGAAUAAGGUCGUAGGAAAAGGCAAAUUUUGUAAGAAGAAAUUGUGUAGAAAUAUGUGUGACCUCGACCUACAGAGAAAUUAACGCGGAUAUUGACAGUGUAGAUGCAUCGGUUUGCUCACUAGCGAGCAGCGUGGCAGUAGAGCAAAUAUUUUACUUGCGUGACAUCUAGCCUAAAGUGUACCAGUGCACGCCAGUGGAUAUAUUUAGUGGUAACUGAAAAUAAAUCAACACCCUGAAUGGUUGAGUGUGCAUCAAUGGCAUGCAUGGAAUAUCGAACGACUAUCUGUGAUUCACAUUGAUUGCUGGUGGUUCCUAAUACCGCGUGAACACAGAACGAAGAGGCGUACGUUAAGCUGGAUUUAUUCAUGCCGAAAACCCAUUUACACGCUCCAAGCUCCUGGUUCCCAAGUCGUACGGAACGAAGAAUCUGAUUAUACCACAAAAUCACCACCUUUCGGAACGAGUGAGAAUGGCAAAGUUCGAAUGGAAACCCGCCCACAUGUCCUCGGUAGCGAAGCCAUAUUCCCCCCGAAAGAACUGACACCGUGGAGAACGACUGUUUGAUACUCUUCGCUUCCCGCUUCAAGUCGAACCGAAGCGCAGAAGGGAUUAGUCAAGUGAACUGUAAAACUUGCCUGCAAACCACCCCCGGGAAAGUGCGCUUUCGCUUUUUCGCUUGCGUUUGGCCUAGCUCUAUCUCCAUUGUGCUCACAGACGGUCGGCAGUCGGGAAAAGUUUCCCUCCUAAUACCACCAGUAAAUUCUAACAAAUUCACAUUGAUCCCGUAUUGCAGCCGAAAGCGUGAACACAGUGUGCAGCAACAGUGGCAGCAGCAUAGUUGCAAACGAUAAUGACGAUGAGCUCGACGACACCCGUAGUACAAGUUGCAGCUGCGAUUUUAAAAAGCAAAUCGUUGUAUCGACGGAACUCUGUGCAGGGUAAAGUUUCAGGCCGGGAAUGAACUGAAAAUGAAAUCGACAGUGGCGCCAUCGUUGUCACCGCCAAACAAGAGCAGCAGCAAUGGCAGUGCAGUGGAGGAUGGCCAGCUAAGCCGGAACUUUUACCGCACUAUCAAUUCUAGUGAAACCGGGCAGCGUGUACCAUCGUCGUGCGCCACGCUCUAGUGGCUAUCCCAGUUUCGGCCGUGGUGGCACCCAUCCAUUUUGCCUAGCUGGUGAAAAACAAAACACGCAAAUUGAGCGUGUUUGCUGAGAGCGAGAGGGUAAAGUUGGCAGGGAUCUCGAAACGACCGGGAAGUUGAAUUCCAUUUCACGUGUCGUUUAGGGAUUAAGAAUUCCACCAUAGUACGUACCAAACGGGCGUUUGCUACAUUAACAUUCGGAUGCCAAAAAUAGAUUGGAAAUACUUGUAAAACUGUCAGUUCAUACGUAGGAUGUUGGGAUCGUGAGUGAGAGUGUGACUGAAAUGCAAAGCAGAACAGCACCACCGAAUCUGGUGAGUGAAAAGUGUUGUUUAUGUAAGCUGCAUUUACAUAAAAAUCGAAUCAUGAGGAACGCUAGGGCUACACUUGUUCCAUGUUCGGAUCCACCCAGGCACGCGCUGAAAUUGUGGUCGCCACGUGCCACGACAACUACUACAUACUACAUAACCGGCAGUAGCUAGAGGGUAAACAGUUUAGAGCUAGUGGCGCGAAGAAAACAUGCAGUGUAUGAACAUCCUUUCAUGUUUAAGUGGAAGCAAACAACGUGGUCUGGUGGCAAUCAGUGGAUCGGAUAAAUUGUUUUCACAUUUCCAGCGAAGGGUUGGGGAAAGAAGCGAACUGUUUGCAUAGCCAGCAUAUCAAGUGGGACGAGUGAAAAAAGGGGAAAAAGGCACAAGUCAAUAUCAACAAUUGAACGUCAGACUGGUAUCGGAACGAGCAGGAUUUGCCCAGUGAAAGAGACGCCAACAAUGGAGAUUGUUUACAUGCAAAUUGUGAUGGUGCUCACAUUGAUAGUGAAAUGCUUGCAAGGAUCUUUGUCUACUGCGCUGCAAGAAAUCAAUCAACAACAGCAACCGGUGGAUCCGGAGCCGGAAUUCGAAGGGACUAUUCAGAACGUCACAUUCCCGGCCGGACGCGAAGCGGUGCUCACCUGCUCGGUGAAAAAUCUCGGCCGCUACAAGGUCGGCUGGCUGAGGGCUUCCGAUCAAACGGUUCUGGCCCUGCAGGGUCGGGUCGUAACACACAACUCACGCAUCAGCGUGGUGCACGAGGACAUGCGAACCUGGCGCCUGCGGAUACGGCAGCUACGCGAAUCGGACCGCGGCUGCUACAUGUGUCAAAUCAACGCGAGUCCCAUGAAGAAACAGAUCGGCUGUAUUGAUGUGCAAGUCCCUCCGGACAUAAUCAACGAGGAGUCGUCAGCAGAUAUCGCCGUGCAGGAGGGCGAGGAUGCAACCAUUGUGUGUAGGGCAGUCGGCCAUCCCACGCCGCGAGUUACCUGGAAGCGAGAAGACGGCGAAUAUAUGCUGCUAAGAAAACCGCAGAGCAGAGAGCUGAUUAGAGUGGAAGCAUUCAACGGGACCCAUCUGCACCUACCGAAGCUGGAGCGAAGACAAAUGGGGGCCUACCUGUGUAUAGCGUCGAACGACGUUCCCCCAGCCGUUAGCAAACGAGUUUCACUUAGCGUGCACUUUGCGCCAUCGGUACGUCCAACAAGUCAACUGCUGGGAGCCCCACUGGGCUCGGACGUCCAGCUCGAGUGCUCCGUGGAAGCUUCACCAAUGCCGGUGUCCUACUGGCUGAAAGGUGGCCGCGUACUGCCCGCUAGUUUCACCGGAAUCACCAACAGCAAUUACGAGCAAGGUCAAUCGAGGCCAGAAAUGCUGCUGGAUGGGCCCAAGUACGGAAUCACCGAGGAGCGACAUGGAUUCCGGACGAACAUGCGACUGGUGGUGCGAUUCUUUUCUCCCAGCGAUGUCGGUACCUAUCACUGCGUUAGCACAAAUUCGCUGGGGAGAGCCGACGGAACGAUGAGACUGUACGAAAUAAAAAUUCAUCCGGGUGGAGUGCAAACAAGCGACGAUCAAUUAAAUAUAAUUGGAGGUCUCGCCGAAGCUGCUCGAGGACGGGGCAACUCGAGUGCCAAUUCAUUACUUACCGGCAGCAGCUCACAGCACAUCGUUCUCGCCGUACUGUCGUUGGUCCUGUUCCUAACUUCAACUAUCAGAUGACAGCAAACGCUUACGCUGGGAUAAGCGCUCAUCGUCGACAUCGUCGUCGUCAGUACCGAGAUCAUCGUGUUAGCAUAAGCAUAAAACUGAUCCGAUGGGGCUUCCUGGAACCGAUUCGGCCGCUCGUAUGAGGGAGGGCUCCAAUUGCGAGCAAAAUGGCCCAAAACCGAAACAUUGAGUCGAUUGUGGAAUUGUGGGUGGAUGCAAAAGGGAGUAUUUGAGGGGGCUUGCUUUAUUCAGGUGCCACGUUCAACCAGAGACGGAGUGUAUCUUUCAAAACAAUAACGAUGGCAUAUUCAAAUAGGAUAAUAGCCGAUUCAUGAUAGCCUAACUAUAGAUGACAUACAUACAUACACACAAUCUAUUCUCCUUCGCUGUGCGUAAAACGUGAAUGCCAAAAAGCUGCUUGUAGUGAUUAAAACGGUCGUAAUCUGCUGAAUCGAAUGUAUAUUUUAGAAAUUAGGUACCAUACAUACACAGACAAAAUGCUACGUAAAUGCUUGCACGUUCAUAUCAAGGAAAAUUUUCAUACACAUCAACGAAACGGGAUGAAUAUCUUUAGGGGAAAGAAGUUAAGUAAAAAUCAUCAAGCAUAAUCAGCUAGAAAUGGUAGACUGAAAAUUAAGUGUGGCGCUGAGAAAGAGUAAAGUCAAACAAGAGGAUUUUAAAGGAUUAUAAAAUUGUUAAGCGAAACGAACCUGAAGGAUGGUGGAAGUGAGUAAAAGGCAUCUUUGCUUUUAUUAUUCCCUAUCUCGCUGUUAGCUCUCUCCGAUGGUGUUUGGCUAUGACUAUGACUAUGAUUUUUUCAUAGCAUUAUGGUGUUGGAAGAUGAAACUAUGAAUAAACUUUAUAAUCAAAGUGGUGCAUCCAUCAAAAUGCAAUAAAGUUGACUGUAGCAUUCGAGGAUAAGCGCAUUGCAUUGUGCAGCCAUGCACGGUAGGAAUAGUGGAGGGAAUGCAAAAAGGGAGUCUGGAGGAAAUUAUUUUCUUCUGUGUAAGUUCAACGAAACUAAAAAAUAACUGGCAGCUCCUACCGCAAUUGAUGCUCCGAAGGUGGAUAAAAAGUUAAAGGGUAAUCGAAAAACUGCAAACUACCGUAGACAUUUUCAUCUUUAAAAAUUAAUAAAACAUUUACCUGAGAACUUUCGGAACAGUCAGCUGUUUCAUAAGCUAUUGAUUUUGAUCUAUAUAGCGUCGUACGUAAAAGUUCAAUACGCUUUGGUCAAGCUAUUAAUUUUAAGCUUAUACUUCCCUGUACGCCUACUGUCAGAUGUAUUUCCUGGAUUUUCAUGAAACCUUCAUUUUUCUAUCAAUUACCAUCAAUUCAUACUUUUCGCUGAAGGGCGCUAGCAAAAUAUACGCUAUGGAGGAGUAUUUACUGCCUAUGGUAGAGCGCUUCCUGGCAAUGGAAGCAUUUCUCUUUUACAAACAGUCGACUACUGAACUUUUUGUUGUUACCACGAAGGUAAAAUGCAAAUGUUUUACUCACUGUAACACCAAUCGUUGAAAAUCUGGUAAAACUAAUCAGAAGUAUAGCUUUGUCGCAAAAUUCAAAUUUUGUUCUACUUAAAUUUCGUUUUUUCGUUCUACUUAAAUUUUGUUUAAUUGGUCUCGUAAUUAUAAAAAUAGCUUUAUUUACAUAUCUUAUCAUCGUAUACCGAUAGGGUAAAAAUUUCAGUCGCAUUUCGAACCAAGAUAUUUCUUAUUUUGUUAAGGACAUAAAUAGCUUCAGAAAAUCGUGCGUUUGAAUUAAUGAUGCUUCAAAAUGGACCGGCGGAACAUUUUUUCCCGGGUCGGUAGUAAAAUUCGGAACGAUUUUUACCAGUACUGACGAACGUUCAGACAUGGCGUGUGUAAGUGUAAAUGAAAAUUCCCUGAUAAUAGCUAAUGGCCAUUUGAAAACACCCUUUGUUUACGGGCUGUAUGACCGACGUCUCACCGAAAAUGUGUUUGUUGAUUACUGAUACUACAUGGAACAUUUGUAGAGCUAACUCCCAAUUACUCCUUUCUUUUAAAUUUCGUUGUAUUAAUUUUCCACUUCCUGCAAUGGAACCUUCUUCGGUGGGUACUGAAGCCAGUAUGAUAGUGUGGACCAAUGGAAAGGUGUCUCCGGCGACCAACAUCCUUUCAGGCUUAAUGAGCUUUGAAUACCGAUGGCAAAAAUAAUCCUUUUCAAUACAAACCAUAUCCAUUUAAUGCAACCGGCCCCUGGAUGGUCUACUUCCGGACCAAAGAAAAGCCCUUUAGUAUCAUCGAUAUAUCGCGCGAUCUAACUUAACAACACUCGGGCGUAUACGAAGAAGGAUUUUGUCUACGUAUCCGCCCAGGAAGUAGAGAUUGAUGGUGUAGUCUCCGAGAGGGGCCUUAAUUGAGAAACCCUUCGCUUUAAUCAGUGAAAAUUAUUUUUUUUUCAAUUUUAUGGACGACACUUCAGACCGGCGGGUGCAUUGGUGUGAAAAUUCUGGUAUUCAAGCAAUUGCGUUCAGCUUUCCGACAGCUCUGUUCUUCCACACUUUGUUUUUGUAAACGAAGUUGAUCUACCUCUUUGCCUUUUUGUGCCGCGGGACAUGAACUGUUGUCGUUGCAAAUGAUGAGAUCAUUGUUUGAAAAGGGCACGGUGAGCAAAAUGCGAAAAGAAUCAUGAAAAGUUUUGCUUCUGUAGAGAGACUCCGCCUGAACUGUCGACAUAUUCCACAUGCAAAUUAUGCCGGGAAAACUGAAUCAUAUUUUUGAGGAACGCUUCGACAAGAAAUGCUAAAGAGGGCUACGCCACCGGCCACGACUAAGGGCGAAAUUCUGUUAAUCCCAUUGCGGGAUCACCGUCUAAUGUGCCUAUUAAUUUUCGAAAGAGGAGAACCAUUUCCUCUCCUAUGUUUCCUCGUAAAGGCCGGAGAGUGUCCCUUGAUGGGUGCGACGUGCGUAAGUCCUAUUAUUUUACUCGGUUUUACAUAAUGCAUUUGCGUUAUGUAAAACCUUGUAAACUUUCGACGUAGAUCUUCCCCAAUUUUAACAUUAUUCGCCAGGACCGAGAAAACAAUAUGUAGCAGCGUUUUGGGGAUCAAAACGUGCUAAUUUUCCGAUCGGAUUAGCCUUUGCUCAGUACCAGUUAUUGAAGUUGUUGCUUGUCAAGUUCGAAUCAAAUGCAAAAACUUAUUGAUAUUGCUUCCAUAUACAUCACACCUCAGCUGGUUCUAGAAGACUUCUACUCCCACGAUAUACUAUGCGUCCACUAUAUCUGAAACAAUCGAAUCAAAAUAAGAAAUCCCUCCAUUGAAAGCGCGCAACGGCUCUACACUGCGAUUGAAGGUCAGACGAAACGAGCACCCAGCGCGAACAACCGUGGGCGGUCUCCCGCUCCCUGGUCAAAAGUCUUACAAGGACUUUCUAAACGUCAGAGAGCCCAUUUUUACCCGAGUAUACGCGACGAUAGAAACGCAAAUGAAAAACUUGAUGAAGCUGAAAAAUGCGGUUAUUGGUACCGGUUCGUCAACGGAUUAACGAGAGAAACAAUAUCAUCAACAAUAUCUGGUGGCUAGGCCCUGCAUACGUAGAUCCUCAUUCAAACGAUAGACGCACUAAACAUUGUAGCGCGCAUAUCACCGCAACGUUUGUCAGAUGAUGAGAGCUUUCCAUAGCUGAUUAUUAUGCAGUAUUGGUGAGAACUAUUUUAAAAGAGGCUGCAAAAAUUUUCCCCACAAAACUUAAGGUUCUCUUAUUUACCUAUCAACGACCAUCCCCUCGUCGUUACAGUUCCGUUCGAUCAAGCAUGGAAAGCAAUCCUUGUUUUUUUUCUGGGGAAAAUAUGGGAGUUCCUGAGCGCUUGAUCUGAAAAAUCGUAUCAGAUUACCAGGUACAUAUAGUAGUUUUGCCGUGCCGAGCGGGCUCUGUGCUUGUUGUGACGGUUAUCGCGACAUUAAACAUGUUGUCUGGUCGUGCGCCUAGUGUCCUAGCAUCAGAUCUCCGUUAAAGUAAUUACGUUACAGUUUAAGAAAAACUCGUUUUCAUUGGUGAACGAUUUCGAUUGAGCCUGUAGCUACGAAGAAUUCGAGUGCGAACAGGCUUCUUUGAUAACUAGUAGGCUGUUUCAUAAUAACUCGAAUAAAUUCGUCAGUGUAUUUGACAUCCGGAAAAUCUCCUCAGGCCUUCCAAGUGAGCAGUUCCAGCCGUGAGUAAGAUGUUUACGAGCAAAGUUUGUAUAAUUCUCUCAAAACUUCCAACCAGGACAAGCAGAUCAGUAAUGAAUUCCUUUGAAAGUAUGGAACUCUCCGUCGUUUCUUCAGCUGUUUACUGUUGUCGUGCAGCUGCUUCAAAAUAUUUCCCAUAUCAUCUGGGUACUGACUUUGGUAAUCUUAAACGCAUUGAUUGGACUCUCGAGAUCUCCUAGCAUACAUUCCCUCAGACUGUGAAAUGCUUCUUUUCUAGAAUAUCCGUAGAUGAAUGAGGUAACAUUCCCGAUCAUUCAGCUACUUUUCUGCAUUCCCAUUGAAGGUCAGCAGCAAUCUGUGUUAAGGACAGGAAUUAAUUUCCGAACAAUGAUAACCACCGAAGUCACUGGUAAAAAUCCUUUCAAGGCUUUCUUAUAUCUUCUUCUUGGAUCUCAAAUACAAUUUUGGUAAUCUUCGAAUGUCUAGAGCACCUAGAACCCGCGUUGGGGCGACUGCCGAAUGUUAAAAUGUGUGAAACGACUUUUCUGCCCACAACUUUCGGUGUUGCCUUUAAUGGGAAAUUCAGGUUCAUGAUGUUGUUCGCAAACCUUUUCGUUAAAGCAUCUAACUUGGGAGUGUUCCUGGACAUUGAGGGUGCUUUUGACAAUGUGUCCUUCUGAUCUUUUCUAGACGCUAUACGCGGUCAUGGAGUAUCUGCAAGUAUGUCGGGUUGGAUUAAUGCAAUGCUUAAUAACCUCAUUUUUGUUCGUCACUGCGACUGGCAGCAAUAAGAAAGUUGAACAUUUGCGACUGUCCUCAGGGUGGUAUGCUGUUACCUUUGCUGUGGAACCUUGUUGCCAAGGGUUUCUUCAGGAAACGCAAUGAUCUUUUUUGUCCAAGAAGUUUGUAUUUCCGACUCGCCGGUUUUACUGAUAAUUACCAAAUAUUAGGUGUCGAAAUUUCCAUCGAAACAAUCUUUGACCUAAUGCAACAAGCAUUAAGAACUACCAGUGGUGUCGAUUGUCAGUCGAUCCUUACGAAAUUUGAAUCAUUCUUUUCACUUGAAACGAAUGACUACUGAGAUCCCGUCCCUUGCAAGCUCUAAGCUACUGUGUGCGGAUCAUGGCAAGUACAUUGAAGUUAUAUUGGAUUCCAAACUGAACUGUUCUACUCACAUUUAGUUCAGAGUCAAGAAAGCGUACAUGGCCUUCGGCUAGUGCAGACGAACUUUCAGGAAAACUCACUGGGAUCUCAAACCAAAAUACAUCUUCGAAUGUAUACGGUAAUUGCACCUUCAGUAACAUCAUAUAAAUGCCUAUUGAGGUGGCACAGAGGAUGAUGAUCUAGUCACAGCUCAACCAUCUUCCAAAAAUAGUGUCCAUGAUUUGAAUUGAAGCAUUCACGAUGACUCCGACUGCGGCUUUGACGUGCUUCUAAAUAUUAAACCUGCACAUAUACACCCGAAACAAGAAGUACUAUCAUUUAAAUACAGGUAGCAGAUUGCUGAUCUUUCGACAGAAGUUAUGUUGAUCUUGCUCCUAAUCAUACACAAAAGGUUUCAUUGUGUGAGGAAAUUCUUGCUCCCGCGAUAAAAAUGCUUCUAUUUGAAAAUAGAGACAAUUUUCGGAUUCAUGAACAAAUACGCUACAUGUUUUCAAAACCAAUUUUCAUUGAUUCCUUUAUGAAUUCGAAUGGGCCUACGGCUGUUGACCAAUACAUUGGCUAUAGCCGUCGAAAAUAAUGUUGGCAGACUUAACUAUGCCUUACUGAUCAGCUCAUAUUCGGUUCUCGCCACGAAAAUUUUAAAUUUGGUGCACUUGAGUGAGUUUGCGUUCUUGGGUACUGCUUGCUACAUGGAGAAACAACAACAAGCGAAAGUACCCUGUUACACUGACGACUCUCUGAUAGAGGGAUGUGCUGGUGCUGGUGUCUACUGUCGUGGAAUGGGAUUGGGACAAUCUCACAGUAUUUCAGAUCAGAAUUUCCGCGAUUAGGUGCGAGGUACAAUCAACUCUUCAACAGAGCUUGACUAGCAAAGCUAUAACCUUCAGCUUCCAUAAUCAAACUGCAAUCAAACUUAACUCGUACAACUCACGGUCGAAGCUAGUGAUUGCGUGAGGAUUUACAAUAGAAGAACACAGCAUUGAGAAUACUAUCAACUUCGCUACACUGCCCGGAUAAUUCGUUAAUACUGGUAGUGAAUGGACCGAACUGAACUGACUAGAGCAGGCGCAGAUAUUGACUUUGUUGAUCCGAUUCUUUGCCAAUUUGUUAAUACCGACUAGCUCACGGCUAUACCCACUCAGGGUUGACGUUGGUCUUGCUUCGAGAGGACACACUUACCGUAACCACCUUAGGUAACCAAUAAAAUGAAGUUAAGCCGAAAUUGAGACUCACACAAGGAAACCAAAUAUCAAAAGAAUGUGGCACGAAACACAUGAAAGUCAGCUUUGUUUUAUUGAAUUUUCACAUUAUUGGAAGGAAAAGGAAUGGAGAAGGGGGAGGGGGGGGUCUCGUUGCGGCCGAGCAGGAACAGUAACUUCACGAGAGAGGAAGAGUUCCGACUACCGCACAUUACUUGCCACUUUACAGCUGACGAUUCCUCCUGCAUUGUUCUUCAGCUGCUGGGUGGAAAUUCCGUGCAUCAGUUCGAUUGCUGGAACGUUUCGUUUUUAGGGACUCACCAUCCGUCCACGUAGAAGUUGACCAGUGGAUUUUCCGACUAGGUUUCGUAGUAGGUCUUUCCGAUGAGUGUCCUUUCUUCCCGCUAUUCCGGCAAGUUCACUUACUUCCAUACGACGUCCCACGUGCUCACUCACGGGGCAGCAGCGCAUCGGAUACUGAGCUCUAACAAGCGGGGGAUUUCACUAGAACCCUCACCUCCAAAACUGUGGCUACCGUUCUUCCGUAGUGUUUGUCGAGACAAUAACGAACACUCGCCGGUCACUAGCACGGGGCUCGCCGAUCCGUCUUUCGGGAUGAGGUUAAAUAGCAAGCUUUAGAUGCCGGGCAGCUUCGUCUGACGUAUAUGGCUUCGUUCUGCACUGGACAUGAGGUAACUUCGGUAAAUCUCCACUCCUUCGCACUCGUCGGGAAAUGCUGGACAAAGUACUCGAUCAAUCUAUCGGCUUCAAACUCCUCGUCGUGAAACCAUGGACGUAUCCCUUGUUCGCCGUCUUUCGGUAGUAACCCGUCAGGGUAACAAUUUAGCACUGGGUGGAAAUAUACCCUUUUUUGCGUAUACACUCCGUAGAGUGUAUUGUUUACGUAAAAUUAUGCUCACCGCUGUUCGGUACCGUUCACAUUUAAUUGUAAAUUUUUGUUCAUUUUCGCGUUUGUGAACGGUUUUAUUCGUACAGAUAGGCUAGAUAAUUUUUGUUUUAUGUUUGUGAAUUAGUAAUAUAGGGCUUAGGUAGGCUACCGCUCUCCUCUUGCUAAAAUUCGUGUGCACUGGUUAUGCUUCUCAUCGUUGACAGCUGUGCGACAAAGCGUUUGGCAGUUUGAGAUGGUUGAGUGCAGAAGGCGGCAAUCGUAAAGCAGAGAGAAAGUGACGGACCACGGCAACGAAAAGACGUCCAGAAAAUUAUUGUUUUUAUUUCGGGACAGUUUCCCGCCACCGUAACCAACGUUCAGUGCGCGUGUGCGACGGUCGAUUUCCGUCGAAAGUGCCGGCCCGUGGUUCGGGUGCUGGUUUGUUUAGUGGUGCUGGAUCGCCGUCGGGGGAAGCUAAUUCCCAAGGAGCUUUCGCUUCCCCGGCUAACCGUCAGGGAUCCAACGCACCCGCCCCUCUCGCUGCAGAGGGUAAGUCGACCGAGCCUUGCUCUCCUCUUCAGCUAACAGCCAAGGGGAGGGAAGCAGGUAGGACGACGGCUCCAUCUGGGAAGAACACUGCGGUGUCUUCCGGGAUUCCUUGCGGGGAGCUAAGGAAUCCGGUGAUUAGUCACCAACGUCGCUAGGGAGGUUCCAACAAAAGAGCCAAGCUCACCUCCCUAGCUAAUUGUUAAGGACCGCUGCCGGAGCAGCCAACGUAAAUAGAGCGAACUCGGCCGUUGUUGUCCCGGUCGGUCGGAGGAAACCGCCCGCAGCAGUGCGUCAUCAACGGCAGUGUAUAGUGAAGAGAGUUGGUGGAAAUAAACACGGUAAAAUUAAAUUUAUUUAUUUGUGUUCUAUUAGUUUUUUUAUUCAUUGAUUAACCAUUACGAGGAUUUAUUAGGGGUUUGCAUUGAGCGACACCACCGAUCGUUGUAAGAAGUUCGUUAUCGACGGCUUUGACCAAACUAAAGUUGAUGCAGCUUGUGGCAUGUUUUAGCUUGAUAUGUGGAAUGAUACCAGGAACCAUCCCAGAAUAUAAUUUGCCACUGAAACACGCAAUCACGGUAGCCGAUCGUUUCCUUUAGGCGUAGGGUAUAACACGUCCUCACAAUCCCGCUAUCAGACACUUUCUGUCGAAUUGCUCCGUCUUCUCUCGUUUGAGAUCAUCCAUAAAUGACGUAGCAUUAUAAGGGGGAGGGGGGACUCAAAAAAUGCUACAUAAUUUAUGGAUCGUCCCUUUCCUUCCUCCUCGCUUUCUUUUCCUUUCUCUUUUUUCCGGAAAUAUCACCAGGCAUCCCGUUAUGUUAUGUUCAUAUGGCAGAGAUGCGAGCCGCAUAUUCGGAUCUCGCAAACGUGGUUGUAAUUAAAGUUCGAAGGGGGGUGGGUGGAAGCAGCUUUAAUUUAUUAAACUACAUGUACUUCUUUGGCCACAAUUUAAAUUUAAUUUUCUUACUACUUAUAAUGAAAUGUUUAUUAUUAUGUGAUAUAUUGGUCUUUUUACGAUGGAAUAAUUUAAUGUUUCGAAUUGGUCGGUAACAAAUUUCAACAAGGUAAAUGAAGGAAAAGAUCCGGUCUCGGGUUUUAAACGAGCACUGCAGCUAUUGGUGCAAUUUGAUAAUUAUAAUCCACCAAAGUUGUAUCACUGUUUUCACCAUGGCUGCCAUAAACCAACUGAUACACGGCUCACAGAAACGAGGCUUGCUAUUCCGCUAAUUGACAGUUUUCGGUGACGUCAGAAAAAUCGUUGAGUUAAACAAACGGACCUCUCGAAAGUUGCUAAUUAACAAUAUUAAAGCUCUUAUGAUGGAAAAAAACGUCUUGUGCAACGGAUUCUUGACGUAAAUCACGCCAUAAUUACACUAGACACAGUGGAUAAUCAGUGCAUCUAUGUGAUUAUUAGUGAAAAUUGGUAGUUUGGCUGCAUGCCAUAGAAAACAUAUCUAACCUUAAUUUCCUAUUCCCAGCAAAGGUUUUGGACAUCGGCAUAGCUUUCUUGUGAUCUAUCAGGUGCCGAUCAUUCAUUAGCAGCAAACAAUAUAUGACUUUCAUCUAAUUGUUUUCGCGGACGAUUUCUAUGACGCCCGCUCGUCAAAUUUUUACACUCUGACGAGCUAGCCUAGUAUAUGUAAGCGGUAAACUGAUAGAGCUGUCAUUUUUUCUGCGUCAGCCUACUUAUAUUUACUGACGAUUCACCAGUGGAAGCACAAUAAUAUGCUCUAAUGAAGCGAUGUCUACUGUUGUGGAAUGGGAUUGAAACAGUCUCACUCGCUAGGUAGAUACUGUACCGUAUUUCGUGAUAGAAUCUUCGCGGUUGGGCGCGGGAUACAAUCGCUUUUCAACGAAGCUUGUCCAGCAAAGCUAUAAACUUCAGCAUCGGUAGUGAGACUGCACUCACGGCCCUUAAUUCUGGAAACUCACUAUCAACUAUUAACCUCGUUUGAGUACCAGGAGGUUCCGUUAUUGCUGAUAAUGAAUAGGCCGACGAAUUGGCCAGAGCAGCCGCAGAUCUUGACUUUGUUGCUUUGCCAUUUUCAACAUCCAGAAAAGAUCCGGGCUUGGGUUUUAAUCGACUACUGCAUCAAUUGGCGAAAUCUACCGACUUGUUGUUAACCCAUUAUAUCCUAGCGUAUGAAAUUUCAUACGCAGAACUAUCCAUCGUUUAACGCGUAUUUACUGCAGAAUUUUGGCAUCUAACUGCUUUAUUAUUGCACUAAUGGGAUCAUUACACCUCAUAUUUCAUUGUGAAACAAGACAACUGCCAUUUUUUAUAAUUUUGUUUACAUUUUCGAACCGUGUAUAGUUGGGGCAAAUGGCGGCUGAAAAGUAAGCAAUACAUUUAAUUGAAUUUUAUUGUUGGAAUUCGUGCUAAUAAUUCCAUUAUGUGACAAAACGUUCCUACAGGUGUAAAAGAAGUGUUGUUUAUCAGAAAAUCCGAAGAAAUAUGUCAAACAACUUAAAAUUUGUUGUUUUUAUUUAAGCGUACGAAUUUUUUUGCACGAGAUAUUUUCAUUCAAAAAACCAUUUUAAGAGGUGAUUUUAUUUUUCCCAUAAUAUUUAAUACAUUUUUUGGUGGAAUUGAAGAUAUCACAGCAUUUGGCUCACUUUUUGAAACCCCUGGGUUAUAAUGGGUUAAACGAAAGCUUCGAUUUUUCCAAUUUUUUCCCUAAAUAAAACCAUAUAAACUGACGUACUUCCCUCGCUUCACGACUUUCAGCAUGGUUUUGUACUGGGUCCACUAUUCCAAUGCAGAUAGGUAAGGUUGAAGCUCGUUAUAUUGUCGAGUCGUGUAUUGCAUCGGUUCAUGUGCUUUACACACGGGCAGCACGGUUAAUGUAUGAACUAAGAGAACUUCUCU